UCGCAAUUCCACUCCAGGGUUCUCUUCUCUCAAUUCAACACCUCUCCUACCUCCUCAUGCACCCUCAAUCAUAAGGAUGUCAUUUUCCUAGCCAUUGCAGAUCAUCGCACCGCUAUGUCGGAAUCUCAAGCUCGGCCGGCUUUGUCGCGGUAUCGCCCUCUCGCCUACCUCCUGACCGGCGCCGCCGCCGCCUAUGCGAUCGUCUACAUCCACAACUACAUCCUUUCUCCCUCAUCACAUCCCGGCCUUCGUCGCCGCAGAGCUCUCCGCCGCCGCAGACGGAAUGAGCCCGACCACCCAGAAGUGACCGACACGCCGUCGUCACUGGCGAUCGCGCACCUCGAGCAGCUGGAACGCCAGAACGGAGUCUACGGCACAUUCCGCAUAGAGACUGAAGAUGGCCGGCGUGUGGAAAGCGGUCUUCUCCCGUCGCUGCUGGCGACGCGGGACCAGCUUAUGGAGGAGGUCGGCGUCCCGCCCGCCCACGCAGAGCGUAUGCGGGAGAUGAUGGAAGACACCUUCCUUGAGUCUUUCCUGGCUCUGGACUUCCCGCCGACUCAUACCCUGGAGGAGUCUAGCGACGAGCGAAACUACCUGAUGGAGCAGCUACAGCGGCGGGGGAUUUCGCAUGCGGGUAUCGAGCGGGCGCUGACUCGGUUCAACGAGGAUAGCAACUACGGCGAGGAACUGCGACGUCGUCGGCAAAAUGGCGAGAGAGUUACCCUGUCGGCGUCGACGUUCCCGGAUGAGUCUCAGCCGGCACAGAACAUGGAUGGUGCUGAGACGGUCGUGGAUGAUCAGAGUGUGCUUUCCUGGCGCGAUGGCAAUAACGAUGACUCGCCGACGCGCGAAGGGCAGAAUCUUUUGAAUCUGCUGUACCACAUCGCGGAGGAUCAGUCGAGGAAAGACGGGUACAUUCACCGCGGAGUGACGUGCAACAGCUGCGGGGCGAUGCCCAUCCAAGGGAUCCGGUAUCGCUGUGCCAACUGCAUUGAUUAUGAUCUCUGCGAGACCUGUGAGGCAAUGCAGGUGCAUAUCAAAACGCACCUGUUUUACAAGGUCCGCAUCCCGGCCCCCUUCCUCGGUAACCCUCGGCAGUCCCAGCCGGCGUGGUAUCCUGGGAAGCCCGCCAUGCUCCCGCGCAGCCUGCCCCGGUCCCUGGCCAAACGCCUGAUGAAGGAGUCUGCUUUCGAGAACACGGAGCUGGAUGCCCUCUGGGACCAGUUCCGAUGCCUGGCCAAUCACGAAUGGGCCGACGACCCGAAUAAACUCUACAUGGCGAUCGACCGGAAGACCUUCGAUCGAUGUUUCGUUCCCAACACCUCCAUCCGCCCUCCGCCGCCGAGCUUGAUCUACGAUCGCAUGUUUGCAUUCUACGACACGAAUAGCGACGGGCUGAUUGGGUUCGAGGAAUUCCUCAAGGGCCUUGCAAGCUUGAACAACAAAAGCAACGACGAAAGGUUACGCCGCGUUUUCCGGGGCUAUGAUAUCGAUGGCGACGGUUAUGUCGAGCGGAAGGAUUUCUUACGGGUGUUCCGUGCGUUCUACACGCUUAGCAGAGAGCUGACGAGAGACAUGGUCGCGGGUAUGGAGGAUGACUUCCUGGAGGGAGGUGCGCGAGAUGUAGUCCUGGGAAGUCAGCCCAUCAGCUCCGCAUUCCCCGGCAGCAUCCCCUCUGGGGAGCCGUCAAGGGCCGGAGAGGGCAAGCGAAUGACGCAGGAUGGUGACAUGGAGCUCACCGACAAUGAGGGCAUCCUACGGCCAGAUGGGACCGACACUGGUGACCGCCAUACUGUCAUUGGGGACGCCGCUGUCCGGAGUCAGUUUGGCACUUCGCGCCCGAUUUUCCCACGUCUGAGCUCCCCGCCUCGCGAUACGGCCGUUGAACAGUCAACACUGGGACCUCACGGAGCCAGUCUUUCUGAUGUCCAUGACGAUGGAAGUAGCGAUGGCACCUCGACUUCGUCUGCCGUCCCCAACCAUUGGCCCGGCGUCGAACAUAUCCGGAAUGAAGACGUGGUGACCGCUCUUGGUGCCUACGUCCCUCCUCAAGAGAUCACGGAUCCUGUGGACCGGGCUCGCGUGAGGUCCGUUGUGUUCAAUCGAAUGUUUGAAGAAGAGCAGAGACAGGCGGACGAGCUUCGCCGGCAGGGUAUCGAUGAACGGUGGCGGCGACGGUCGUUCUACACCGACGAGGAGGACGGCGGCGAUGCCCCCGAGAAUUAUCGCAGCGAUUCAAGCGCCGAUGACCUGUCAGAUGAUAAUGACGAUGGCGAAGAAGAAGACGAAGAUCACGAUACUGAUGAAGCUGUCUCCCACGACGACCACUCGCAGGGUUACGAGUCCCACCCGCCGUCUCCCCGUUCCCGAUCCUCGUCCAAGGUGCGAUUCCAGGAUGAUCUCACAGACGACUACGACGUGAGGUCCAACCCGUCGACCUCAUCGCGAAGCAUCCUAGUCGGAGAGCGAUGGGGUGGGUUCGAAGUCCCGGAGGUCGAAAAGGACGUUGGAAAGGAGAUCUUAUACCAGGUCACGCAGCAAGGGUUCAACGAGCUGCUCGAUAUCCUCUUCAAGCCCAAGGAAGACCUGCUCAUGGAAGUCCGCCGCACGCGCGCCGAGCGCAAGAUUUGGGCUCACGAGAUCGAGCUGGCGGAACAGGCGGACCCUCGCAACCAUUCGUCGCGCGAACAGAGCGACGGACUGGACAGCGAGCAGCCCAAGAGGAGCACCUAUACUGAAAGACCUCUAGGGGAGCUCCUCGACCGCGCCGGAUAUGCCAUCCGCAGUCCUUCCCCCUCUGGGGAGCUUUCCACUACCGGCCCUAUCCUGGACCCUCCCUCACCCCGGAUACGGGCUUCUUCUGAUGAUGACGACGUCAGGCCCACGCACCUCGCGCAUCCAGAAGACGACGACGAAGAUGAAGAGGACGAAGACGAAGAUGAAGACGACGGCCUAGACGACCAGCCUGAAAUCCUAGCGCCAAUCCCUCUCUCCGCUCGACCUCGCAUCAUCACAGAACACAACCGUCCCGUCUCCCCCUCCUCCUCCUACUACGAUCCGACCCUCCCUCACCACCGUCCCAACGAAGACGAACAAGAAGAGACAGCAGAGCAAACCACCACCUCCCUCCCCCAAACCUACUCAACCCCAGCAUCCCCCUCAAACCCCACCGACCUCCCCCGCACCCUCCCCCCCAACCUCACCCUCCAACCAACACCAGGAACAACCUCCUUCCCCGCCCCAUCGACCACCUCCCCCAUCCCGCCCUCCUCCCCAGAAGCCGAAGCCACCGCCCCCAAACUCUCCCCCUCCCCCAUCCAAGCCCUCCCCUCAUCAACCACCGCCUCCCUGCCCCCUAACGGGGCGGGGGCCAGCCUGCCCCCAAGCCCACUAACCCUCUCGCGAUGGGCCUACCUCAACCACGUCGAGCGCGAAGCCAAAACCCGCGGUGGCGCAGGCGCGAAGCUGAAUUUUGAGGAGUUCUCGCGCCGCAUGGCUGCUGAUCGGGGACGGCGGUUGGCGUUUGUGGCUAGUUGGAUUGAGAUGGCUAGUUUUUGA